GCUACACUGGUCACUUGUGGCGCCAGUCUCUUUCCAAGGUGCUGGACCGGAAACACUUUGUCCUCAGUAGGUUGGAACUGACCAGAGAGCGUGAGAGCAGCUAACAGGAGCAGCUAGCUGGACUGAUACUGAGUAACCACAAUGAGGAGACAGGAAAACCAGCCACCAAGGCCGACGGCAGGCCGCCUCCCUGUACCACUGUUUAACCAGAAGAAAAGAAACAGAGUUCCUUUGACAUCUGCUCCUUCAGGGAAUGAAUUCUUCUCCCACAGUGAAUACAUGGCAAACACCAGCUCGGCUCCAUCUCACAGCAGCACACCAGGUACCUAUGGGUGUUAUCAGGCUUCAGGUUCGUCAUCUGGUGCCUCACAAAGUGACCAGUGGAAGAAACAGGCUGUCCCACAAUCAACUCUGUCUCAGCAGUUUGACAGCAACAGAUCUGCUCCUGGACCUGCCCCUAAAAUGACAUCAUAUGCACCCAUAUCAUAUCCAUAUAAAAGUGGAAGCACAAGCACUAGGACGGGGCCGCUCAGUUACCCAGUCAGACAACAGGAUUCCAGCUGCAGCGUUACUUCCAACCAAUAUCAAAGUCCUCCCAGCACUCAGCGUGCACAAAACAAGCCCACACCCAACACUGGGUUCUCCCAUAUGGGUCAGCAGCCGUCUUACAGACCAUCCAAUUCCAUGCCACAGUACCCCCAACACUCUCGACCCCUGCCUCCUCCUGUCCCACCUCCCAGCAAACCCCUAGCUCGUGCAGUGCAGCCACAAAACAACACCUGGAAAUUUACUAACAGCUUUGGGCCUCAGAGUUCCCCCUCUGAUGGAAAAAGAAGCUUGACUCAACCUCAGUCUGCACGACCAACUCAAACUCGGCAGGAGGCAUCUCCAAUGAAACCAGCCAACGAGAACUCACUGAGGAUCCUGACAGCAGUUAUUGAUGGCAUGAGACACUGGAGCCAGUUUAAAGACAAAGUCCAUUACCUGUUUGAGAUAUUUGCUACUCUUGACUCUGCAGUUACUGUGGGUCGCCAUGGAGCCAAGACCUUCCUCAUGAGAGAUGGAAAGGAUUCUGUGCAGUGUGUCUUCUAUGAAACUGAGCAGAAACUGCCCCGUCUCAUCCGUGGUCAAGUUCAUCGCUGCGUGGGCAACUAUGACCGCAGCAGAGACCUCCUCAUGUGUGUGUCCGUCAGGCCCGGCCUACCUUCAGAGCUGAGGAACGCCCAUGAAGCAGUGAAAGCAUCUGAUACAGAAAUGAGGGUACUGAUCAAAUCAUUCCAUGAGGUCUGAGUAGGUAUCUUAAGCUGUAGGAAAGGAAAUAGUGUUUAAUGAAGGUCCACGCAAUUUGUUAAAAAGCAUGUUUGAACACUUUUUGACCUGUAAGGGGCGAUGUUGUCAUAAGUUUUGCAUUGUAACAGUUGAAUUCCCUUACUUGUUAGUGGAUAGAUGUUUUUGUUUUGUUAUUUAUUUGUGAAAUGGUAACUUACC